AAGUUAAAGUACGAUGGCUUGAUGGGGCGUCAUAUGCAGGCACUAUUCUUGAAACUUCAGAAGCGGUUGCUAAAGUUCGCCCGGUAGGGUAUCCGCAAGAAUAUCAAUUGUGGAUAACAAAAGGUGAUAUUGCCAAAGGUGAUGAAGAGGUAUCAAAGAAACCACAGUCUGGAAGUAUCAUGGAGAAUGCCUUGCAGGAUGCAAUGGAAAGUAUGAAUCAAAUCAUGCAGGAUUACCAGCAGCAGAGUUUAGAGACCAAGCGAAUAGAGGAUGUCCCUACUCGGAAAAUACAGUCAAUUCCAAGUCCAACACAUAAAGACAACAGCAAAUGGAAGAAGUUUCUUUCCAAAGUUCUAAUCUCGAAAGGCAACCUCGAUAAGCUAGCGAAGGUGUGCGAAAAACGUAAGAAGCCAGCAUGGUCUGGAAAGGAACUGAAAUCGAAUGAAUAUCACGUUGGAAUCGGGGCUAGCAAAGAGGAUCUCGAUUUCGCAGAUAUUGUCAAACAGGUAUUGAGCAAGAGAGGGUUAAAAGUAACAACCGAUCAAGAUGAUUUGCACGAGACAAGAACAUUUUUGCUAAUUUACAGCGAUAGUGUUAACAUGGAUGAAAAUGUCAUUCGACAUCUUACCAGGGCUGCAGAGAGAUUUAAUAUGGGAGAAACAAUAAUAAUUGCACUUGUGCGGCCAGGCUGUCCUGAAGAAGUUAUUGACCGCAUUCCGGAUAGAGUAGCGUAUUCGCUGUCAAAUGUGGUAUUUUUCAGUCAUGACUGGUUUGGCGAAGCACCUGAGAUGGCACGGAGGAGAUCAGUUGAAGAUCUAGCAGCAUUAAUCCAGAACAACGUUAAUGAAACUCAUGACUACGAUUUAAGCGGAGCUUGGCUAUGCCAGGCAGCAGUUACAAGCAGUGUGACGUCAUAUAGUACAACCAGAGACUUCACUAUGCUGUUGAAGCAACAGGGAAAUAAGAUAACCGGAAGAACCAUCGAUAAUUUCAAAAUUGAAGGCGAAGUGCAGAAAGACAUUCUGAAACUGAGAAUAUCCUACAGGGGGGAAUACGAGCAAAAUAUUUAUCUCUGGGAAGAAGAUGAUUAUUUUUUCAUUGCAGAAAUCGCUGCAGUUAUUCAUAACCAAGGAUAUAGGUUAGAAGGAGAGUAUUCUGAAGAAACUGAUGCAGGCACUAUAAGCAAAUCCGGUGCGUCAAAAUUCGAUGCCUGUAGUGGGCCAUUUAGUGCCACGCUUGAAAAACAGUGUCUCAGUGGGUAUUACAAUGCUCAUUGGUACAGUAAACCUGAUUACAACGAAACCUUUGCAAUUAUCCAUCGAGGUGGCAAUGAAAUCAUUGCUGAGUUUCCCAACCAGUAUGGAUCUUUGACUGUUGGAUUCCUUGAUCUAGUCACAAAGACCUUGCAGCUAAAUUCGUGUUCAAACAGAAACAUGACACGAACCCUUAUAGGCAAGCUUACAGAAGACUCAGGUGGGGCUGCCUCCUUUCAAUGUCUAAGUUAUGGAAAUGAGUUUGGUUUGACUGGUGAGCCUGAGGCUAUUGCAUUGACCCGAGACCAAAUCCAUAUCUUAAAAUCUGUAUCGGAAGAUGAUGAUGAUGUUCUUGAGAAGAUGCAAAUGUCUUUAUCUCCCAGGCUGCAAGGAAUGCCCUUUACACCAGGCUGGUAUCAGCCUCUAGCUGAAGAUGAAUUUCCAGUGGUAAUAUUUUGCACAGAGCACGAGAAGAAUAAGGCUUUAAAGUUGAAGAAAGACUUGGAAACGGUGCAAGACAUCAAGCCAGUUUCCAUUCAAUCAUCUGAUUGGAAGAAGUCAAGGACCAUUGUGCUAUUGUUAUCAAAAUACACCCAAUCGGAUGAAGGUUUAAUUGAUGCAAUAGAAAGUGCAGCUGAAAAGGAAAUUCCAAUCUUUAACAUUGGUUUGGAUAGUUGGUUCAACAUAUUUGGCCCAGCCAACUGGAAGAACCAACAGUUGCGUUUGAAACUGAUGAAUUCGCUUGCAAGAUUGAACCAAACGCCAGAUACAACACUAGACCCAACUCACAACAACUUCAGGGGUCUCGUUAAAGGCAUUCGAAAACGAAUCGAGCCUCCUAAUUUCAACAUACUUGGUCUCUUUGGCGUUGAAGUGGUUGGAUCAGACCCCCCAGAAAAGAUAAGCAAGUAUUCUGAUCUGGAAGAUGAAACUAUCCAGCUGAUUAAGCGGCCAUCAAUGAUGUAUCUCUAUGUUGACCAAUCAACCAACCAAUUGAGGAUGGGCACUGACUACAUUGUUCAAGGACUUACUGGUGAAGUUGAUCCGCAAACGUUCACACUUACCAUGAAGAACGAUGCAGGAUCAUAUGAACUUCGUGUCAAUGCAGACAUGGAUAAGUUCUAUGGUAAAUAUUGGAGCAAAAGAGCAAACAAGGAGUACACAAUAGUGGUGUCGAAAGCUGACUCUGGUAUAAGUGGCUUUUAUGCAAUGAGUGCAGACCAAAUUCCUACAGGAAUAGUCCAGCUUGGCAAAAGAACGGCUGAUAUUGUAUUUGGUGGUUACACGUUGCCUGCAAUGAUUUCUGAUAAUAAGAUCAUUUUCAAUGCUCCCUACCCUGGACAGAAAAGUGUAAAGAUAACAUAUUCAGCUCAAAUCCUACUUAAGCCAGAGGGCAACUAUCUUUACGGAUUUUCCUUCCAAUCACAAAGUACUACUGCAAGAAGCGCUUUCGAUGCCAAGCAGUUUGCUUCAGGACAUCAAAAAAUCUUGAAGAAAAAUAAUAAGGACGGAGAAAGCGCGGAAAAGUGGCUUGUGGAUUUAAUCGAAGAAUUUUGGAGAUGUUCUGAUGCUGGCGAUUAUGAAGGAUUCUUGAAAAUUUCAAAAGGCGAUAUGAGUGAAGACUUUUCAAAUGUAGCCUUUGACAAGAUGGUUGUUGAUAACAGAAGAUCAAUUGGAAAUUACAUCAAAAAUUCUGCUGUAUUUCUUGGCAAGAAAGCACAAGUGACAAUGGGGAAACCUAUCGGGGUAACUCGAUAUGACUUCAAGUUUGACUUUGAAAAGCUAAAGCAAAUCGAAUAUUCUGUUACCAUAACAGAUGCUGUUAAAAAGCUGAACGGAAUAAUGAGCUAUGAAGAGGAAGCAGAGCUGAUGCACUCUAGCCAAUAUGACGUCAUGAUCAGCUACCGCAGUUGGGAUGCACGCUGGGUUGAUUUAUUGCAGGCAUUCCUAGAGAGUAACGGCUAUACAGUUUGGCGAGAUCGGCGUAUGGAUGUGGGGGUCAAUUGGAGUGAGGAUAUCACUAAGGCUGUUAGGCGCUCGGGUUGCGUUUUGGCUGCCAUAUCUGAGAACUAUUUAACAUCUGUUCUAUGCACGAAAGAAGUUCGUAUGGCGAAUGACAUUUCCAAGCCAAUCAUUCCAUUAGUGUUGCCGGACACUUGUCCGAAAGACAACCCUACCGAGAAGCUUGUGUCCAGUGCAUACAAGGAUAAAUACCUGCCUAUAACCAUUGCAACCGAGCUGGCCGAUGUGAGUUGGAUAGAUUUCAGGCCGCUAGCAAAUCUGCAAACUCCUGAUCCAAAAGAUGUUGAAAGCUUUGGAAAGAAAUAUGAGAGUUGUCUGCAAUCGCUUCUAAGAAUGCUGGAAGAGCUGAUGAAUCACAAAAGGGUUGUCAAUUUGCAAGGAGACUGGAAUCUUGUUAUUGGAAGUAAUGAGAACGAAGAGAACUUGAAGUUGUCCAUUUUGUCAACAAUUGGCUCGGAAAUUGAAGGUGUGAUGACGUCAUGCAAGGAUGAGAAGGUUGAUAUAACACUGGACAAGGACGUGUCAUUAUGUAAUGGUUCAAAUAUGCAUUUUGUUGGAAAGUACAAAGGAAAUGGAAAGUCACUAAGUUAUACCUUCCACUGUAAAAUCGCUGCUGAUGGAAACUCUUUUGAAGGUGUUUGCAGGAUCCAUAAAACCCCUUGGGAACAUCCAGUUGGACAACCAAUGAACCCACUUGUGUUGGGGCUAACCCACUACACAACAACAAAUGACUGCGGGAUCUACCCAGUGAAAGGCUCCCGAGAUAAGCCACUAGGUGGAAUCGAGUUCAAAGCCGUAGAACAAGAAGAGUUUAUUCUCGACCUUGAUAGAGCAUAUAAUAUUUUACAGAACGCUUUCAAAGAUAUCAAAAAGGAAGCGCUCGAGCAAAGCAUAAUUUCGUAUAAAGAGGCGUUUGAGAAGUAUGACGUUGAUGGCAGCCACGAGCUGGAUAUGAAUGAGUUGGAGCUUGCCUUAAGAGUUGCAAACAUGAAUUGCUCGAAAGCUGAGAAAGUAACAAUCAUGAAAGAGCUAGAUCAGGAUGACUCUGGGACGGUUGAUUUCUACGAGUUCUUGGAAUUCAUUGCCAAGUUAAGGGAGUCAAAAGGGAAAAGAAAUACGGCCGCAGCACAGGUUGUUAAAAAAGGCUUCGUCACCAAAGUGUGUGUCAUUCAGUAGACAACGGCAAGAUGGCCCUCGCGUUAACUUCAUCUAUAGGAGCUUUAUUCUAUGUAAAAUGUUUAGUAAUGAUAUAUCCCGUAGUUAUUUACUUGAGCCCUCCAGUAUGCAAUAUUUGAAAUGCAAUACUUGAGCCCUCCAGUACAAUUUGAACCCUGCAGCCUGUUUAGAUAAGGUUUGUAAACUCGCUAUAAAAAACGAGUUCUUGACAAUCAAAAAGAAUCGAGAAACUUAAUUACUCGAAGCUUACUCGAAACUUAAUUACCCGCUUUUUAACCGUAAUGAACUACCCACAACCUAUUUUUAUGUUCAAUAAAUCAUAUGCAGCCAGCAUUGUCUAAAGGCUGCUGUAAGCAAGCAUUGCAUCUAAACUCACAGUGUUCUAGAUUCCAAUGCAACCUCUCUUUGACACCUAGCCUCCUUUUUGUUCUCCAAUUGCUUUACCCAGCUUGAUUCAAAAUUUGCGAGAAAGAAUGGAGCUAUGAUUAUUCAUCCCUAACUUUUGAAUUUCCUUAUUAUAUUUUUCGGUUAGAAGAAGAUUUUUAAAUCUUUAGCCUUUAUGUCAUAUUUUUUUAUGUUUUUCAUAUUUAAUUGUUGCCUUGCUCAAAAUGAAUGAGAUGAUAUUUAUAAAAAUGAGUGAAAUAUUAUCUAAUAAAAUUAAUGGAAUAAUAUUUUUAAUGCCACGAUGUAUCAAUCAUUGUGUUUUUAAUUUUGACACAAUAUCAGGGCACUGAUAUUAAAGUUGAAUCCCGUUUACUCGUAGCCUUGUUAACUCGGACUUUUGCUAAAUCGUGCUGAUUUCAAAUUCCCAUUGGAUAUUCCUAUCCUGUUUAAGUCAAAAAUCAUAAAUCGGAUCAGUCGGACAUCCACUAAGUCAGACCAUUUUCUUAGCCCCCUUGAAGGUCCAGCUUAACGGGAUUCACUUAAUCUAGACGAAAUUACAAGUAAAAUAUGAAUAUACACAUGCAUAUUCUCGUUUAUCACGAAGUGGUUUUCUUCAUUUAUACAUUUUUAGUAACUAAACAUUUUUAACAACAUCACGUACGAUCCUUCAGCACCUGGAAACGCUAUUUAUUAGUAAUACUGUAUCUACCUAGUUAUGACAGGUUAUAUUGUAACAUCAAACUAACAGAUGAUAAGAACGUUUUUGCAUU